UUUUUGUUUUUUUUUUUUGUAUUGUUAUGGCUAAAGCGAGUUAUAUUUUUAAGAAAGAUACAUCAAUACAUAUGUACAUGAAGGAAAGACUUAUUCCGCUUUUGCAAAUAGAAUUAACGUUGUUGCAUUACUUCAAGCUUGGUCGAAUAAACUUCUUAGACUUAGAUUUAUUAGAAUCGUAUGUGUGUAUGAAUGAGUAACAGUGAACCCGCUAAAAAAUUUUAAGCAUAUAUUUAUGAGAUACCAUUAAAUUUGUAUUAUUUAAGAAAUAUUUCCUCGUGUUCCUUUGGUACAACGGCUACCAGUGCUGAGAAUUAUUAUAAAAAAUAAGCUCUUAAAAGGUGUCAAUUUAUUUGCACUGAACAAUUUCUCUAAAUUCAAUUGCAUAUGUACAUAAUUUUGUUUUACAUAUAUAUUUCACUAAUUAUUCACUUCGUGUAGCUAUAUUUUACUACAUAUGUAUGUACCUGUGUGUAUGAUUGGGCGACACUUUUAAGUGCACACUUUAAAGUUACCUAUCAAAUAACGGGCGAAAAAAUAGUGAGUCGGUAAUUUCAAAUGGCAAGCAAAAAUUCAUAUCUACUCAGAUAACUUUUACGAUUGAGUUAAUGAUUAAAUCUGUACAAUUUGAAUUCAGUAAACACACUUUUACCUUUUCACCAGCAGUCGUUGUUAAUAAAGCGGUCGCGAAACAACGUUUAUAAUAAACGGCGGUUAAUUAAUUUAGUACAUAUGAACCUGUUAUUGAAUAUAAUAGGAAAUCACAGAGUUGAUGUUUAAUGAUUCAAAUGUGUUGAACAUACUCAAAGUUAAAUUUGAACGAGAAGUUGUGAAAAGAAAAACAGUUUUGGUUGUUAAUUAAUAAUUACGUUGGUGUGCAAACUUAAGCAAUAGUUAAAGUAGACGAAAUAUCUUAACAAAUUUUUAUGUACAAAAUAUACCUACAUACAUAUACGAAGUAUAUCAAAACUACAUAAAGUAGAUAAGUAUAAUCAAACGCCCACUUGAGGUUUUGAGCAAAUUACUAACCUCAAAAUAACGCUGAUAUACCAACAUUUUACAUUUUGGACAAAAGUGAAUCAUAUUGAAACAAACGAAAACUGUGUGAUUUAACAUUAAGAUAAAAGCCCUUCCAAAGUAGGAGGUAGGCAUAACAAAUAGCCAGUAUUGUAGGAUAUUUAUUGAAUUCUGCACGUCAAAAGUUAAGGAUUAUCUAUACGCGUAGAGUCAAAGUAGAGAAGAUAUAGAAAAAAGUAGACGAAAAAUCCCACUGCUGUACAAAGUAUUAACAAAUCAAACAAAAAGACAGUCUGCGAUAUGGGUGGUUGUGCUUCAAAAGAUAAAAAGGACACAGUGGUCGACGGGGAUGCGGCUGCCGCAGACAAGCCUGGCACCGCCGAAAAUGUAGAGGACGGUGCAACUAACACAACUGCAGACCCUUCGGCCACUACUGCGAAUGGCGACGCGAUCAACAACGAAGGAAAAUUAAACAUCAUGGUUGACGCUGCAGUUCUCGCUAAAUUGGAAGAGGGUUACGCCAAGUUGGCUGCCUCUGACUCCAAGUCAUUGCUGAAGAAGUACUUGACUAAGGAAGUGUUCGACAGCUUGAAAAACAAGAAGACCCCAACUUUUGGCUCAUCUUUGUUGGAUGUUAUUCAAUCUGGCUUGGCCAAUCACGAUUCUGGUGUUGGUAUUUACGCUCCCGAUGCUGAGGCUUACACCGUCUUCUCUGACUUGUUCGACCCAAUCAUUGAAGAUUACCAUGGUGGUUUCAAGAAGACCGAUAAACAUCCACCCAAGGACUUUGGUGAUGUAAGCACUUUUGGAAAUUUGGAUCCCAACAAUGAAUUCGUUAUUUCCACUCGUGUGCGUUGCGGCCGCUCCCUUGAAGGCUACCCAUUCAACCCAUGUCUCACCGAAGCCCAGUACAAAGAAAUGGAAGAAAAGGUUUCAUCUACUUUGUCUGGUUUGGAGGGCGAAUUGAAGGGUAAAUUCUACCCAUUGACCGGCAUGGAGAAAUCAGUUCAACAGCAAUUGAUUGAUGAUCACUUCUUGUUCAAGGAAGGUGAUCGUUUCUUGCAAGCCGCCAAUGCUUGCCGUUACUGGCCAUCUGGACGUGGUAUCUACCACAACGACAACAAGACUUUCCUGGUAUGGUGCAAUGAGGAAGAUCAUUUGCGUAUCAUUUCCAUGCAAAUGGGCGGUGAUUUGGGUGAAGUUUUCCGUCGUCUUACAAACGCCGUGAAUGAAAUUGAGAAGCGUAUUCCAUUCAGCCAUGACGACCGUUUGGGCUUCUUGACAUUCUGCCCCACCAACUUGGGUACCACCAUCCGUGCGUCUGUGCACAUUAAAUUGCCAAAAUUGGCUGCCAACCUUGCUAAACUGGAGGAAGUUGCUGGCAAAUACAACUUGCAAGUGCGUGGUACUCGUGGUGAACACACUGAAGCUGAGGGUGGCAUCUAUGAUAUCUCCAACAAACGCCGCAUGGGUCUAACCGAAUACCAGGCCGUAAAGGAAAUGUACGAUGGCAUCACUGAACUCAUCAAGAUCGAAAAGAGCAUGUAAAUUGCUACAAUUUAAGUGUAGCGAACGUUUAUUUGUAGUCAAGCAAAGCAGGUGUUGUGGAAUUUAGUAUGUAUUAAGUGAAAGAGGGUGCAUCAUUGACAAGUCCCGGCAUUUUCAAUAGAUCCUAUUGGGAAGCUGUCUUUGCUGCGUUCAUAUGAAAUGCCUUCCUGGAGAAGAACAACAACACCAUCUACAACACUGCUACCACCAGUAAAAACUAACAAUGAAAACACUUAUUCUUGAAAAAGAAGACGUCAAAUGUUUGGACUUUUUGUGAAACUGAAAAUAAAACACAAAUAAUUUAUAAUUUUAAGUCUUAAGUUUAUAAAAAA